AUGGCAAGCUCCUCAAAGGCAAAGCUCGUAAAAACCCCACCGCCGGAGGUCCAGUACCGACUUCUCGCCAAAAAUUAUGUCGAUAGCAAUUGGGAGGCGCCAAACCCCGUCCUCGAUGGGCGCAUCAAGUCGAAUUCCGAUCCUUCAAGCAAAAAUCUUGAUGCCGAUGAGUUUGAAACGCUAGCUGUAGGAGGGGACCGAUUCAAAGUCCUCUCUGUGGCGCUAGAGAAAAUGUUCAAAAUCCUCGGAGUCCCAGAGGCGAUAAAGUGGCAGGCGGAAAUUAUCAAAGCAUUCCGCGAAAGAGAUGGGAACGCGGAUGAAAACCCAACCGAGGAAGACCAAAUUCAGCAUGUCAGGAACUGGCUCGACUGCCUUGCCAAACAUCUUCCGGUUGUCAAGAUGGAGACCACGGAGAGUAACCUAUGCGGCAAAACAAGAAGGGUCGGCUCACACUUUUCUGGCAACGAUGUCAAGUUAUGGGAAAAAUACAUACCGGCCGAGGUUGUGCUAAAUGCCGACCUCGUGCACAGCGCAGUAAAAGCCGAGAAACUAUACCAAAAUGCACGUAGAGCAUUUAAAGAUUUUCAGUCACAGCCCAAACCUAAGAAGAGCCCCGAACUCGAGAAAUAUGAGAAAGGCCUUGAUAGUCUUGAUGAUGAGAAGAAGCGACUUGAGAUGCAAUACUUUGAGCAGCUGGCUUUCCUAAUAGCAACACUGGCUCACGAAUUUGGCGGCCACGUAACGUCGAUCUUUGUUGCGAAAACUAAAGAAGGGCACCGGACACCUCCUCAAAUCACCGCUUUCGGCAAGGGAGACGAGAGUCGUGGAGAGGCCGGGUUUUACCUCGAGCAUAAGAUCUUCAUAGGUCACUUUACGAUAUUGGGGAAGGAGGGUGGAGACAGAAAGCAGAUCGGGACAGUGUGGAUGCGCCAGGGAGUCGACGACCAAACCGUGUAUUACCCGUUGAGGCAAUCGAAUUUGUGGCUUCUGAUGAACCCGACGCCGGGAAAUGUCUUCCAACAGCCGUUCAAAAUGGACAAGACAAAGGGAAUGACCGAGAAGGAGCGCAAGGAAAGGGGUUUCACAAAGCUAUUUGAGGUUCGCGGAGAUGAUCCUCUCUCGAACCCGUCUUCGGCAAAAGGUGGCGAUUCAUCGUCCGAGAAUUCCAAAGACAAAGUAACAGGUAACGAGGCACCUGUCGCCUCAUCUAGCAAGGAGCACGGAUCUGCGCAGCCCGUAGUCAAGACGGGGAAGAAGGGUGGAAAUCCAUAA